GGACGCUCCCACUCGUCGAGCAUGAACACGAUCAACCAAGAGGGGAAACGGGAGAAUACAUCAAGCACAAUGAGUCUACCAGACAACUGCCGAUACAUCACGCGACAAGAGCAAUCGUUCCUUGCGGAUGCCAGUGCACAGCGAGAGUUCCACGAUGCUCACUUCGCAGUCUAUGAUGAGCAGUUCUUGGACAUCCUGGGAGACCGUCCCAGCAUCGAGCUUGCAGUGGAGAAAGACUGGCCGUUUGCCCACGAGGCGGGAGUCUACCUGCCGGACCAGGAUGCAAUCUACAUCACGAGCAACUGUCUACCUGGUACACCUUCCGGCAAGACGAUCAAGAUCGGCAAAGUGACAAGACACGAUUCUGGCAACGGCACAUGGCAUUACGAAGAGCUCACGACCAAUGUCGCCAUGGGCAAUGGCGGUCUCAAUUAUGACGGUGGCGUGCUCUUCUGCGAUCAAGGCACCAUGGAAGCUCCUUCACAGUUGACGCUGAUGGAAGCUCGCCCGCCAUAUGCGACAAAACCACUGCUCUCCUCAUAUCACUGGCGGCGAUUUAGCAGUCUCAAUGAUGUCGUGAUGCAUACGGAUGGUUCCCUCUGGUUCACCGAUCCGAUCUACGGCUUCGAACAAGGUUUUCGUCCAGAGCCUCAAUUGCCGUGCCAGGUCUACCGCUUCGAUCCCACCUCUGGAGAAGUCAGAGUGGUUGCCGACGGCUUUGGCCGACCAAAUGGGCUUUGCUUUUCGCCCGAUGAACAGACAUUGUAUGUGACGGAUACAGAUUGGAUUCACGGCGAUGGAACGACGGAUCUGACUCGAUCUUCACACAUUUAUGCGUUUGAUGUGAUUGAGAGGCAUGGCUCGCACUUUGUGGCCAACAGAAGAGUGUUUGCCAUGGCGGAUGAAGGCGUUCCCGAUGGCAUCAAGUGCGAUCUGCAAGGCAACGUCUAUUCGGGAUGCGGCGAUGGCGUCCACGUCUGGAAUGCUGGUGGAAAGCUCAUUGGCAAGAUCAAGGUGUGCGGUGGAGUGGCAAACUUUUGCUUUGGCAGAAAAGGCGAGUUGUUCUUGCUGAACGAGACCAAAUUCUGGGUCGCCAAGAUUUCCGGCAGCGUUCAAGGUGCUCUGCUGCACAACAUGAAGAUUGAAGUGUAUAGUAGCGGAGAACCUGGCCGCCCUCCCUGCGAGCGAUGCAUCCGGGAACAACAUGAGUGCAUUCUCGGGGGCUCGCGACGAGGUGGUCGAAGGGUGAAACGCAGCACUUCUGAACUCGCCAACAAUUCCACUCCCGCUCCCUCAUCAUCAUCAACAGCACUGCACGCCUUGUCAGUACCGCCCGGCAGCAGUAGUGUAGACAGUGCCAGCAGACGGACACCGCUACCACCACCACCGCGCAGCGACCAACAGCAGCAACAGCAGCAGCAGCAUGUCCUGGACCCAAGUCUUCGGCAGCACCGGCUUCCCAGCUGGAGCUCUCUCAAUCCCGACUCGAGGAUCUUGCCGCCAUUGUCGCACGACGGCGGUGUCACCCCGACUGCUGCCAAGAUGACCGUGGAUGACACUGUCGCCUCCACCGACUUGCAGAAUCCGGCAGACGCCCUUGAAUUCUUAGCCCACGUCGCCGAGCGCGACUCUGGGAGCAACCAGUUGCCCCCCAUGCAUAGCAGUGUGUAUGGGCGAGACCAGAUUGCGGGCCCGAACAACCACCCCCAUGAUGGAGCACGCUCCGCUCCGGUGUCGACCUCGAGCCAUGUCAUCAAUUAUCCGCCUCUGACCAAAGGUCAGCUCAGCUUGGAGAUGAUUCAGGCGCUUCUUUGUCGAUACGAGGACAAGUACCAUCCCUUCUUCCCACUGGCCAACCCCGCUGCCAUGGACCCGAGUAAUCUGCCCACGAGUGCGGCCAAAGAGCCUCAUCUGCUUGCUGCCAUUCUGACUGUUGCUUCCAAAGACGAGAAGGACUGGUGGCAGGUCCAUGAAGAUUGUUCGACCCAUAUGCAAUCGCUCGUGGCGAGUCUGGUAUAUAGUGGCUCGGGUUCCGUGGAGGCAGUGGAGGCGAUGCUCAUCCUGGCCGAAUGGGUGCCCCGAAGAUCACAUACGACACCUGCCAUUGGACGUGGAGAGGAAGACUGCGCCGCGUGGAUGUAUGUCGGCACCGCCAUCCGACUCGGGUACCUGCUCGGCAUUGACCGGACCGGCUUUCGCGCGGAGAGCGAGGCACAAUCCGCCGACUUGAAUCGCAAGCGCCUCGCCUGGUCGAGCUGCUACAUGAGCGAUCGGCAAGUAUCUGUCCGGAUCGGCAAGGCCUUUUGGUCGCGUGGACCCGGACCACUGACUGCACUACGAGCCCAAGACUUUCCCAGCUUGCAGCCCCGACUGCAUCGUCACGAUGACUUUGCAGCCAUCUAUCAGGCCAAUUUGGAGCUGACGCAGCUGUUCAGUAAUGCACACGACGUGCUGUACGCCACCAAGAGCCGUUCCAACCAGCUCAACUUUGGUGGCGAGUACGUGAAAUACAUUGACGACUUUCGCGUGGCACUGCGCCAUUGGAAUGAAUCCUGGGGCACCUUUACAUGUUCACCGCCGCUCAAAGCCAGCUUGAUUCUCUCAUAUGAGUAUCUCCGACUCUACGUGAAUGCCUUUGCAUAUCAGGCCACUCUGAAUCGCCUGAUGCAGAGGAUGAAGGAUGCCAUCAAAAGUGGUCAGCCCAAUCGCCCCAUGGCAUAUCCUUUUGCCGAUGUCGCUGCCACACCGGACGCCCGAUUCAUCUACGACGCGAUCGAUGCUGCAAAAGCGCUCCUGAGCACCUUUUGCAGUUUUGUGGACCCGCAAGAUACAUUCCGAUAUAUGCCGCUCCGUUACUAUCUGUAUGUCAUCUACUCUGCCGUCUUCCUGUACAAAGCUCGAUCGACGGGAGUCAUGGCGGGAGAUACCAGAGGCUCCGUGAAGCGACUGAUCAGUGAUACGGUGGACUGCUUGCAAAAGUCGAGUGCGUGUCCGAAUGAUGUGGGGGACCGAUACUCGAGGCUGGUGCGCUUACUCUGGAGGAAACCACCGGUGGGACGUGGCAGCAUCGCGGAAUCGAACGAGAUGAGUGGGCCCACCAGCGCGCAGAGUGGGGGUCCGGGUGUGCCUCCUGGUCGUGGCGGAACCGAAUCGAUGCCCCUGGACACUGCUCCUCCCUCCAUCAAUCAGUUUAGCUGGCUGGAUCUGGGCGCAGUGGGCGACUUUGCCGUGGAAAAUAACAACUCCAUUGCCGGGAGUAGCAUGCUGGACAAUAUGGAUGAUACGUCCAACGAUGGAUUUUCGCAAUUCGACCCCAGUAUGACUUUUACGCCGCAGCAAUUCGCAUGGAAUGGCAUGAGCCCAUCUGGUAUCGUCUUCUGAGACGGUCCGGCCUCGCGCGCUAAUACAGGACAUGUGAUGAAAAAGAAGCUUGCUUUCUCGCCUCCAUUUGAGGCUUCCCGGGUCGUGCAUAUUUGCUAGAAGAGCUACUACGCGGCCGUAUUGGUGCAUCAUAGCAGUACAACACCAUCGGCAACGGCAUUUACAAAGCUGCUAUAUACGUCCCAAUCAAGGCAAGGACGAAUGCACGCCAAGCCCGGUGUACAUUGAUUGCAAAAAAUCAGAUGGAUGUCUCUGAGACGCCAGAUACCCCAGCUAUAUGCCAGGUGUAUGGAGGAAAGACUUGAUAUAUACUAUGACGUGGAUUCCUGCCCACGAAAAAGCGCAGUAGUAAAACGGGAUUUGCGCCUCGGUCGGCCCACAGUCGAUCAGUGAGUUCAUAGAUGAAAGAUUCUAAUGUGUAAAAAUCGCGAAUGGGGAAGAGCGAGGAGAGCCUGAUUAUGAGGCGGAUAACGAUACAGUAUUUGAUUCCAGUUCAAGUCAAGUCAAGUCAAGUCGAG